CGCCGCCACCACCGUCUGAUCCACCACCCCAGACCCCUCCCGCCCUCCAAGCGCCCGGUCGCGAAGCCCUGCGCCAUGGGGCGACCGAAGGGUGGCGCGGCGGCGUCAUCCUCCUCCUCCUCGAAGAAGCCGAAGCCGAAGCAGCGCGGCGGAGUCGACUUCAAGAAGUACAAGCACAAGGUUGGGCGCAAGCUGCCGCCGCCGAAGAAUGCCACCAACACGGAUAUCAAGUUCAAAGCGAUCGUGCUGCCGGAGCAGACCAUGGCCUCCGAGAGGGCGGGCAUGGCGGUGAACAAGCGCGGGCUCACGCUGCGGGAGCUCCUGCAGCAGACGGUGCACUACAAUGCUAACGUGCGGCGAGCUGCAUUGAAUGGUAUAAAGGACAUUGUUGUCAAGCAUCCAACGGAGCUUAAACUGCACAAGGUUGCUAUAAUUGAGAAGCUGCAGGAAAGGAUAUGUGAUACUGAUAAGGUGGUCCGUGAAUCGUUGCACAAUAUACUGCAGUCUCUGAUCUUCCCAUCUUUGAAAGAGGAUAAUGCUAUAUCUAUGCGAAGUACACUGUUUCUACUGAUGGCCAAUAUUAUGAAUGGAAUGACCCAUCUAUCGAUGGAUAUCCAGUUAAUGGCUUUCAGGUUUUUGGAGCUUGUGGUUCUUAAUUUCCCAUCAUCCUUUCCUAGUUAUGCUGAACAGGUCUUCAACAACUUUGUUGCUGUACUGAGCAACGACAGAAUCAACCUACAUGAUAGGAAUAAACUUAACAGUGUCCUUAGUGGGCUUGGGCACUGCCUUUCCUUGGUUGCUAAAACGACAGAAAACGAUGAUACAUCAAAUCGACAGGUUCAUAACCUCUCUGCAAGGGAACUUUGGAAAUCUACCACUGAUGGAGAUAACUCAGGAGGCAGAACAUUUGCAAUGUCCAGUUUAUUGGCGAAGCUUCAGGCCCUUGUCCAAAUUCUCAUUAAUUCUAUAGAGAUUUCAGCUUCAGAGCUCUGUGCAAAGUCAGCUAUUGAUGCUCAGUCAAGUGAAGCAUUGUUAUCAGCCCUUCAUUGUUUGGAUCUAAUAUGUAGGAUAUUUAUUCAUGAGGUGAAGAAACCUCAGUUUAACUUUUCGGUAUCCAAAACUCAGUAUGGGCCUGACUGGUUGAAAAGUUCCUUGUUGGUACAUCUAAAGAAUUUGUGGGGUGUGAAGUGUUUGUUCCAUGAAAAGGGAGAUGACAAAUUUUUCAUUUUCAAUCUGAAGAUUGCUGAAAUCUUUUUGCGCUUGAGUGCAUGGAUGGACAGCACAAUGUUUCCAGCUGAAGAUUUUUGCCAGUUUGUAUCUUCUCUACUUGCAAAGGAAAAAACACUUCGCAAUACGGAUAUCAUGGAAAUGUAUUUGAGCCCACUUAUUACUUUCAUACCAGGUCUUAUAUCCAAUGCCCCAGAUGACUCAAAAGGAUAUUUAUUGGAGGCAUUUACAGACGCAUUUAGAGAUUGCAAGGUGGAUUACAAGCUAAUCUUGCCAUAUUUAGAUGCAGUGGGAGAAAUGCUGAUUCCUGAGAAAACAGGCAUAUGGUUUUCUGAAAAUGAUUCAGGAAUGUUGGGCUAUCAUGGCGCUUGGAUAAAUGAGCUACCUGGAAUUUUACUACUAUCAAUUGAUAAAGCCCCCUCAGUUACAAAGGUUGUUUUGAAGCUUCUUCUAAGAAUUGGACAGUACUUCCCCACAAUGGACUGUGAAAACCUGCGCCCCUUCAUAAAGUUAUUUGGUGUUAAAUCAUCAUCAGGGACGAUGGAGCUUGGUCCAUUUGUUAACCUUCCUCUCGAUUGCAAAGAACUUGCCAUUUCAUGCCUUUAUUACUUCCCCAGUCUGCUCCCUGACAUAAUCGGGUCAUUGGCCUCAUGUUGCUUAAGUGAUGCGCUGGAACCCUUCAUAUUGUUCAGGGUUGUUGAGGUCCUACAGUCAAUAUACAGGGCUGGGGAUUUACAGAUAACAGAGCAACUCAGUUUCUUGUUGCUGCUAAUGGCAAGAUUCAAAGUUCAUCCUGGAAAUUAUUUUACUCCAGAGGAUUCCAGUAAGGUCUCAAAUUGGGAUACUUUCAAGUCGUUGAAUCGCCUAAUUUUAACUUCCCUAUCUGAAAUGGGUGAUGGCUCGCUGGUCCUUGAAUUGAUGUGGAAUAAUUUAUCUAAUGAAAUUGCACAGAAACAAUCGAUGCAUAACACGAAUGGCUUGUUUAGAAUUAUUGUUACACUUGAUGCAGGAACUAGUAAGCUCAUGAAUGAAGAUAUUAUAGAGCUUAUAGCUGGCUACUUGGUUGAUGCUUCUUUGGAUUUGUCUAAAACCAUUGAAUUUGGUUUUCAACCUGAUAAGACAAGACUAUUUCAGUACUUUAUCAAGCCUUGCAUCAUCAUUUUUGACAAGAACGACAAGGUUCUUUGCAACACGCUGGAGAUUCUUAAAUCUUUUGUUACAGGAGAUGAUAACCUGUUUCCAUCUCUCUCCAAUUUAAACUACCCAAGGGAUCUUUCAUGUCGAGUUUGUGUUGUCACAACCAUACUGAUCUUCUUAUGCAAUGACCGGAAACUCCAUAGGAAUCUUUCUUGUAGCAAAUCGGUUAUUAAAGACAUCCUGGAAUAUAUAAGACAACAACUGUCCCUGCUGCAGGAUUCUAGCGUGCUUGAUGUAACAUAUGGAGAAAAACAGAAGUUAAAAUCUGCUUUUGAGCAACUCAAGACUAAAGCAUUGCAGUUGAAUUGCUGGGCUAGAAGUGAGCUGGAGGGGCUUUCAAGCGCCACAUAAUGUUAUGCAUGUCGUAUGAUUGUUUCUCGCACAUAAUUGAAGGAGAUGGAGAGAGUUCCACGGGAGAGGGUGGGGGUUGGAAGAGUAUGUCCUUUUCCAACUUGCGUCACUCUUCCAGAGUUCAAGUAUAUAUCUGUGCGGCGCAGCUGUUACCAACAGGGUACAAAGGUACCCAUCUAGAACAUCUUUCAUUUUCCCAUAUACUUCUAACGUCCAACCAGACUGUCAUCAGUCAUCAGUCCACCAGUAGCUCUGGAUUCUGAAGUGAUGAGAUGUGACAAAGAUUUCCCAGUGCUGUGAAAGCCACUAACCACAGAUUCGAGCAAUCCACUGUUCAUACCGGCAAUGAGUUAUUAACCGAAUGUAGUUCUUGGAAAUAAUUUGUUUUUGUAAGUGCCUGAAAUGCGGAUCAUUAAGCUCAAUCUGAUCUCAUCUCGUCAGAGCCGAUGUGCUUCAUACAUGGGAGGCGAACUCUGCUGCCAUGUAAACACAGAAAUUUUGAUAUGAAGUUGAUCC